AUGCCUUGGAAUGAAUUCGAUGACAAUAUCCUUUGGCGGCCGUGUUUGUGGAAGCAAACUAGUCGAACUCACAAUUCUAGUGAAGCUGCAUUAUUCCCAACUUGGUCAUGGAGUUCAGUCGCCGGACCUGUUAAAUUUGAAAUAUAUAUCUACAAUGUGCCGGUGACAACUUGGGCUCAUUUCUCACCGGAAGAGGACAAUUUUGACGUGUUGAUUCCACCUAAAAUGAAACGCUACGGAUUGCAUCAAUUAGCUCAUACAGAAAGAUUCUUUGAUCUUGAGCACUGGAUCGAUCUUCGUGAUUGUAAGUGCAAAGGCUUGAAUCAGGAAUGCUGCGAAGACUGCUGCCUUGAUAGUCACACUCGUGUACAAAUGAACAUGCAGAGAAGAACAUCGACUUUUCUCAAAAAAUUCUCCGAUGAAGAUACCAAUGCAGCUCUUAUACCUGGACGUUUGUUGCUAUUAACCCAAACUGCUAGGUUACGUCUAGAAUAUUAUGGCACACUUUCUGGCGAGCCUGAAUCACCAACUGAGUUUUCUCUAUGGAAUGAAGAUGAAAAAUGGACUGGGAUAAUUCAGCUAUUGGAAUAUGAUGCGGAACUGGUCAUGCAGAUGUGUAAAGGUGGCAACAAGGCUUUCUUUGACUUUGCUGCUAUUUCCAUUUCCUAUAUAUGGGAUGGUUCGAGCCCGCUUUACAGAUUUCUUGACAAUACACAAGUGAGUAAGUAUUUGUAUCAAGCGCCUUUUACCCGAGAAGAUGAAGUAAAGUUGUUUUCCGAGUCGAAGGAGAAAUUCUUCCAAGAGAUGAGAUACAAAGGCUAUUAUAAACCACUUUGCGAUCGAUUAGUUGACGAACUACCGGUUUUGAAUGUGAUGCUACUACGUUGGCGUGGAAAGGUAGCUCAGAGAGUUGGUCUUGGGCAAGUUUGGGUAAAAAGAUGGACUCAAUCAAACCCGAAAAUUAGUCCUAUAGUUUUAGGAUAA